ACGUUUAAUGAAUUUAGGCAAGGGUUGAGCAAAAAGGGCUUAAAAGAAAUGAGCAUAGUUUGGAGUUUCCGGUUAUUCAGACGCAGGUGCUGCUACAGUUGCUAUCCGGCGUAAGAUGCAAACCGGAAAAUUGGUAAAUGCUGAUUGAAUUUGGAAUCACUUUGAAGUAAUUUGAGUGAAUAAGAUAAUCAGAAAUGGCUGAGGAUGCAGCCCCUCAAAUUAGGUUGAUGAAUUUCGUGUCCCAAGAAGAGUUAGAUGUAGCAAAGAGUAGCCGGGGUGAAAGAGUGGAAGAUGGGACUGCUCAAAGAGACCGUCCUCUUUUCGAGAUUUUGAAGGAGAAUAAAGAUAAGCAAGAUGCGGAAUUCAAUGAGCGAUUCAAGCAUCGACCACCAAAGGCUUUGGACGAAGAUGAGACCGAGUUCCUUGAUAAAUUGGAGACGUCCCGGAAAGAAUACGAACGACUGAUAGCUGAUGAAGAAUCCCAACAACUCAGGGGUUUUCAAGCAGCAGUGGCAGCUCAGUCUAUGAUUGUACACAAGGUCAACGAUACAUGUCAUGUGUCUGAUGUCCAGCAGGAGAAAGAGAGCACGGAGAAGAAAAACCGCCGUGCUCAGCCCUUGGGUAUGAUCAUAAAAGUUAAGCCGGCAAAGAAAGCUAAAGUGGAGCCCUCACCUGAACCAGAGUCUGGAGCUGCUGAAAAGCCUUGUGCUGAGUUUCAAUGGCAUUCAGAUCAGAAACAAACACCUAGUGUUGAUGGAGAGAAGUCUCAGGUACAAUUCAAGAAUUCCAAGAGUCACGGGGUAAACAUCCAUGAUGCAUUGAAAACUGGUCUUGUUUCGUACAGUGAUGGGAGUGAUGAUGAUUAGUUCUCCUUGUCUGAAUGUUUUAGAAGACUAUACUAACAUGCGUUACUUGUGGUAGUUAUGGUUAACAUAUCAUUGCACAAUUUUUUUUCGAUGACACAUCUGGGACACUAGAAGCUAGAACUGCUACUUAGAAUAUCAUAGUUUAUCUUUUGCGGAAAAAAAAAAUCCUCUGCAGAUUUUGUUUAUGGGUAGGACUGUACAUUUUGACUUCCCCGGACUCUGCAGUAUUUCUUUUCCUAAAUACGAGAACAUGGCAGGAUCUUAAGUAGAUUACACGAAGUAGUUCCUACUUCCUGUUCAUAUUAUUGUUAUUUGGCCAACUAAUUGGUUCUUUUGGUCAACUCUUGUC